GCGCUAGUAGUUUCCGUUCUUUUUACUAGCAGCUUGUAAUCGUUGACUCGACGCUGUUAGAUCCUUUCGGUAAUCUGCCUCCAUCUGAGUCGCUCAGCUCGAGUUAUUUGAACAGCACAUCACCAUGCCUCCCAAAUUUGAUCCCAAUGAGGUUAAGAAAGUUUUCCUUCGAUGUGUCGGAGGUGAAGUUGGAGCCACAUCUUCGCUUGCCCCGAAAAUCGGUCCUCUAGGUCUGUCUCCUAAGAAAGUUGGUGACGACAUUGCCAAAGCUACUAGUGACUGGAAAGGUCUAAAGAUCACCGUCCAGUUGACAAUUCAGAACAGGCAGGCAACGAUUUCAGUUGUUCCAUCCGCAGCCUCCUUAAUAAUCAAGGCCCUUAAAGAGCCCCCACGUGACCGGAAGAAGCAAAAGAAUAUAAAGCAUAGUGGAAAUCUCUCUUUCGACGAUAUAAUUACGAUUGCUCGUUCGAUGAGACCGCGUUCCAUGUCCAGGCAACUCAGCGGCACCAUCAGGGAGAUUCUUGGGACUUGUCAAUCUGUUGGAUGCACCGUAGAAGGACGGCCCCCCCAUGAUUUGAUUACGGAAAUCAGUUCUGGGGAACUGGAAGUACCUGAGGAAUAAUAUACUUGAUUAUUCAGGAUGGUGAAAAUGAAUAAACACUAAAAUUGAA